UUACGCAGUCCGUAGCGUCCUUUACUGCAACAGCACGCAUCGUCUCCAUUGCCAUCUUCGCCCCCGUGACCCCGUCUCGUCUCGGCUUCCUCGCCUCCGCAUCCGCACCCGCCGUGCACGAGCGGAGCUCGCCACCGCCGUCUCAGCAUCGGAACGCGAGCCCUGAUCCCACGCCGGAAGUACUGGUGUAAGCGCAGCGGCGGCCAUGGCGAGGUGGCGGCCGGCGGCGCUGCUGGCGGUGGCGCUGGCGGCGGUUCUGGCGGCGGCGUGGCGGGCGGAGGCGCUGUCGGUGACGGUGACCGACACCGAGUGCAUCCACGAGUUCGUGCCCUAUGAGGGCGACACCGUGUCGGGGAACUUCGUCGUCAUCGAUCACGACAUCUUCUGGGGCUCCGACCACCCCGGAAUCGACCUCACGGUAACUUCACCAGGUGGUAACACUGUACAUACAUUGAAGGGGAAAUCUGGUGACAAAUUUGAGUUUAAAGCUCCGAGGGGUGGAUUGUACAAGUUUUGCUUCCAUAAUCCAUAUGGAUCACCUGAAACUGUUUCUUUCUACAUUCAUAUUGGGCACAUACCCAAUGAGCACAACUUGGCAAAAGAUGAGCACUUGGACCCUAUCAAUGUGAAAAUUGCUGAGCUGCAGGAAGCAUUAGAAUCCGUCACUGCCGAGCAGAAGUACCUAAAAGCACGUGAUGCUCGUCACCGUCACACAAAUGAAAGCACCAGAAGGCGUGUCAUGUUCUACACGAUGGCAGAGUACCUAGCUUUCAUGGCUGCUAGCGCAUUGCAAGUCGUCUACAUCCGCCGCUUGUUCAGUAAAAACGUGGGUUACAAUAGAGUGUAGGAUGCCCCUCUACUCCAAGCAUCGAUGGAAGCAGCACAUGCUUGGAACGGGAAAUAUUUUCUGCCAAUUUGACAAGUUGUAGCCCUGCACCCACAUUUUCUUUUUUUCCUUUUGUUAGUCUAUAACUAACACUUUUUAAUUUAUCGUCCUGUACUUUUAGCAACUCUUGUGAGAUGUGAAUUGCAUUUGUUGCUGAACAUAGAUCCAUAAUUUAUCUUCUGAGGAUUGACGCAAAAGCAAGAGUACUGUUAAUGUUCUAUUA